UGGACGUUCCCUGUGGAUAUGGCUUACCGUUUGGAGCGAGAGCUGAUCAGAAGAGGCCUGCGGCCACGGCUUUGCUAUUUGACUAAGGGACCGCGUGGAUAUGGGUUUCACCUGCACGGCGAACGGAACCGAGGCGCGCAAUUCAUUCGCAAAAUUGAGCCCGGCUCGCCAGCCGAUCUGGCCGGGCUCCGAUCUGGCGACCGGGUGGUGGAAGUCAACGGAGAGAACGUGGAGCACGCUCCUCAUUACCAGGUGGUUCAGAAGAUAAUGGCAGUGGAUCACAGGACCAGGCUCCUGGUGGUGGACCGCGCCACCGACGACCUCCUGCACUUCCACGGCCUCCCCUGCACCGAGGACCUGGCCGUGGAGAUGGGCUGCCUGUCCCCCCGAGCGUCCUCACUGGCCUCGUCCCCUGUCACGUCCUGCUCCUCGUCCCCCCAUAUGUCCUCCUCGCCCUUCUCGCCAUGGGACUCCGUCACCCUGCCCUUCUUCAGGGACAGCGGGAACAAGCCCAGGAGGCCCAGCGUCACUGCAGAGAUGGACAGCCUGUAUACCGUUGUCAACAGCAAUAAGAGUCCAGCCAUAUUUCCUAGGGGGGGGAGGAACUCCCUGAUGUCCCUCCCGGACCACGACUUGCCCCCUCCCCUGUCAGACCGCCAGCCCGAAUGCCAGGCGGACCUGAGCGGACCACACCCCGGCGUACAGAUACCCGCCGGCCCUGCGGAGGAUGCCCAGAGCACGGAGGCGACGAGGGCUGAGGUGGCGCCGGACUUGCGUCCACGCCUCUGUUGCAUAGCGAUGGGCAAGCACGGAUACGGGUUCAACCUGCACAGCGACAAGAGGCGCGCUGGGCACUUUGUGCGCUUGGUGGACCCCGGUUCACCCGCAGAGAGAGCGGGCCUGCAAACUGGGGACAGGGUUGUCGAGGUGAACAGCCGAAGCAUCGAGGGCAUGCGACACUCGCAGGUGGUGGCGAUCAUAAGGGGAGGGGGAAACCAGACGCAGCUGCUGGUGGUCGACCCGGAAACGGAUGCACUCUUCAAGAGACUCGGCAUCAUGCCCACUGCUGCGCAUCUUACAGAGGACUGUGUGGAUGGACCACUUAUGGAGAAUUCAGUCUCUAACUAUCCAGUUCUGCAAGACAGUUCUGCGUCUCCCUCACCAAUGCCUGAUCCUUCCCCAGUCUCCCUGCCAACCUUAAACGUCACACUGACAGAUCGACCAAUCACAAACGGCUCUCUGAAGCACCAGAGCCGUAGAAGCUCCUUCUCUAAUUCCAUCUUAUCAGAGAUGAGCAUGGAGAUGUUCAGUUCGGGCUACAACAAGCGCCACAGUGCCCCCGCUGGCAGGGAUGAGGUAAAAGCACAGCGAGUCGCAGACCCAGCGUGGGAGUACGGUCUGUACCUCAGCCCGACGGCAGCCGAGGCCAGGCAAAAGGCCAGGGCAAAGAGGGGGAACAAGAGAGCACCCCCUAUGGACUGGAGCAAGAAGCACGAGAUCUUCAGUAACUUCUGAAGAGCUCAGAGCACAAGACCAAUUCUGAAAGUUAACAGAAACCAACGUACACACAUUCCAUGAACCCGGCACUUCUGUCAAAUACUGAGGAAUGGAUAUGUAGGAUAUGUAGGAUAUAUGUAGGAUAUGUAGGAUAUGUAGGAUAUAUGUAGGAUAUAUUGCAUGUAGGAUACAUGCAAGAGGACCCAGGGGCUGUAUGAAUGAAAGAACAAGCAGUGGUUGAUUCAUUUUUCUCUGAAUAGAAAGAGAGAGAGAGAAUGUUAUGAUGCUUUUUCCAAGGUGGUCCUAUUUCCGAAAUGGUCCAUGGGCUCCCACAUGGGCUGGUUCACAAUACAUGAACUAUGCAGAAUGAGGAAAAGAGUUUCUUUGUGUGUUUAUAUAAAAUUAAACAGAGAGGAUAAUUUUGAGUGUCCUGUAACUCGGGAGGACACAAUUCCCUUUCCUGCUCAGGAGAAAUGCCUUUGGAAUAAAGAAUAUUUAUUCCUUCUUCAGUAAGAGUCCUACGACCAAAUACUCCCAUUGUUCCUUAGACAGACAGUUUAGUCCAUUUUAAUAUAUUAAUUGCAUUCUUACACAAUACAGUCAACAAUCCACAUCAGAUAAACAAAAAUGAUUUGCUCAUGUCAUUGUGAUGUUUAAAUUCAGCCUUUAUUACAGAAGUGGUGUGGCUUAUUGUCAGGACAAUACCACACAUAAUGCAAAGACUAGUAAUGUGAUAUCCACAAACACAAAGCACUUUAUAGGACCAUUUCCUGUAUGACAUUAUUCUAAUUUUAUGCAUAUUCAAAAUAUUUUAAGUAUGUAGACAUAACUGACUUAAUAUGCUGUUUAAUAUGCUGCUUGUAUGAAAUAUCUAAUUUAUCUGCCAUUUACCUUUAUUGUAAUGUCGCAGUGUGCUCAACAUGUGCUUCAGUGUAUUUCACCAGCUAAACGGAAUGAUGAAACAAAAAUCAAAGAUUUCAAAGUUUUUAUAUGAAUCUCAGGUUUGCAACACUAACUAUGAAACAGCGAUAUUCUUAUUUCUAAAUGAAACUUGUAGCUUAGAAAGACCUAAAGCAAACACAUUCAGUAGGCUACAAAUCAAUUACGAAUCGUACAAUAAUAUAAAACGUCAGUAUACCGUUUUUCUGUGGAAAUUAGAAAUGUUCUCAUUUUUAACUGGAAUUGUUGAAGCCUCUACAACGCUAGUGCUGUUAAUAGGCUGUCGGGUGUUUUUCACUGUGUCCCUGUUUCGCGCGUCUUCUGA